AAAGGAGUGGUGAUUACGCUGUGUUUGCUAAUAAUUUACGUUUUUUAUAUAGUUCGGGACCAAAUAGCAAUUCGUGCUUUUAGUAUGUGAUUCUACUAGUGCUUCUGGAUCAUAUAUAUUAUUGGUGACUGUUGAAAACUUUAAGAAAUGUAUUAAUUAAGCAUGUAAACGUUGGUUAUGACGUUUAGUAAGGUUUUCGCGUGUGUGGGUGCGUGUUCAACGUGACAUUGCUGUUGUCGAAGCGAAACAGUAACGGAAUUAAUCUCAUGGAUGAUGAUUUUUGUUUAAACCCAAUAGCUUGACGAAAGCUCGCCUACAACACUGACUUUUUGAUGCACCCAUCGCGAUAUCAUUAUUGCGUGAGAGACGGAUCAAAAUGGGUGCGUGGACGCGCCGUCGUGUUAGUGUAUAGUGUAGUGUAAGUGUCAGUGAUGUGAAGUGAUAAUGUCUGAGGAGCGAUCGCGGCGGUUGUCACAAAUCUUUGACCCGCUGUCCAGGUUCACUGAUCAUGCUGUGCCAGGCUCUUCCAGCACUCCGAAUAGCCCAAGGUUGUUGCCAAGACGGCAGAGAGAUGGACCGCCACCUCCACCGAGGCCCUUUGCCCACUCCUCUCGCAUGGAUCCAUUGGAGUACGAGUUGGCGGCUGCCGAUGAAUCUGCCAACUGGCAGGAGAGAUGUCUGGAGCUACAGUUGGAGUUACACAGGAGUAAGCACCAGGCGACGCGGGUUCGAGAUAUGUUACGAGAUAAGCUCUCGGAGCUCGAGCAACGAGUUCUGGAGGCUGAGGGACGAGCGGAGGAAGCAGAAGACAAGGUCCGCGCCAUGGAGCAGCGGCUAUGCGAAUGGCCGGCGGGCGCUGAAGGUGCUCCAAAAGCCAUCACCAAGCUUGAAGGCCAGAUUGAAGAACAGAAGCAGCUGCGACUUCAAGACGCAAAACAAGUGGAGGCAAAAGCCGCUCGUAUCAAAGAGUGGGUCACGAAUAAGCUUCGGGAACUGGAACAACAAAAUCAAUUGCUUAGAGAACAGAAUGAUCGUUGUAACCAGCAACUUGAGUUACUAAGAAACCAUAUAGCAACUCAAGGAAGCAGAAAUAACACUCAGUUUGUUCCCUCUCGAGGGAGUUUAUCCCUAGAAGUGAGGUCUGCGGACCCAACUCGUGCCUCAAGUCUCUUAGCAGCAAAUCGUCGACGCUCAGAAAGUCUAGAAGGCCCACAGUUACCCAUUACAAAAUCUGAGCCCCACUAUAGUACACCAGUACGGCAUCGCAGAAACCUAUCAAUUGGUACAACAAACUUGACACAAACUAAUGUUCCACAAAUAAGCACAAUGAAUAGGACAAUGGACGAAAGGACAACGGCCAGUUUGUUGGCUGAUGAUCUAGCUGCGGCCGUGGAGAACCUAGUGGUACUUCCAACGACACCAAACACAUCAACAGAUGGCGACACAACUCAUGACUAUGCUGAGAUUUACACACCCAGUCGAGAACGAACCCCUGCCUGGCAAGGCAAUGUCAACGUUGUGAUACAAGGAAACAGUAGAGGAGGCUCGUCUACUGGAGACAGUUCCACAUCAGAACAGCCGAGACCGCCGACGCCACCUUUGCACAGGUUUCCCAGCUGGGAAGCGAAGAUAUACCAGGUGGCAGACGACGGCCUUCAGCAGUCAGUAGAAGAGGAACUCAGCCCUCCGCCUUGUCCACGCCCGAUGCACGAGUCCACCAGCUACCAGGACAUCUCGGUGCCCGUGUAUGCUACCGUCAAAGGGAGAGCGAGCCAAAUCCGUUCGAUGCCCUUCACCGGAGACUCUUCGGACGAUUCCUCGGAUGGCGAAGAGUCUAUGGGAGUCACGGUUCAUAAUACGCCGAUGCAUAAUCCACAUUUUGGUCAACCAUCCCAGCUGCCAAUAAACAACGUGAACCUUACCAGCAUCCUCCCAGCUGCGAUCCAGCAGACGAGCCACGCUCUGGUCCUCAACAACGGCCAAUGCAGCUCCUCCGACACGAGUCUCAGUGCCAGCAGCCCUUCCAAGAGUGUGAAGACCAGCUCCAGCUUGAGUCCCGCCAAGAGGUCCAGCAGUGGUUCACCGAGUAAACAGAGUAAGACUAGAGAUACGUCAUUCGAGUCGGGCAUGUCUGACGACUACGCCAUCCCGCCAGAUGCGAUGUCGAGUGAGCCAAGUGUUAGAGAUUCCCCAAGGAGACACGACGCCUUGGAGAAGAGUGGACAUCUUGCGAAACUUGGUGGAAAGCUAAAGACGUGGAAGAAGAGAUGGUUUGUCCUAAAAAACGGUACGCUCUCCUACUGGAAAUCACAAUCGGAGGUCAACCGCAAACCCCAAGGCCAAAUCGGUCUCGGCGAGGCUUGCAAGAUAUCGCGCAACGAAGGUGCUGCCACAUUCGAAAUAUUCACCGGGAGUCGAACUUACUACCUCACGGCGGAUAGUAUCGCCACUAUGGAAGACUGGAUUCGAGUGCUGCAGAACGUACAAAGACGAAACGCAACAAAAUUACUUCUGAGCAAAGAAGACAAUAAGCCCACGAUACAAGGAUGGCUGACGAAAGUCAAGAAUGGCCACGCGAAGAAAAGCUGGUGCGUGCUGCUGGGGAAGAUGUUCCUGUACUUCAAGUCUCCUAGUGAUCAGAACCCAAUCGGUCAAAUAAAUAUGCGUGACGCGCGAGUAGAGGACGUUGAACAUGUCUCGGAUUCUGAUUCCGAAGAAAAGAAUGAUGAUGCAAGGAAACACCUCACCGUCGCUAUUUAUCCUCAACAUCAGGGUCCCACCUAUCUGCUGCUCGAGUGCAAGGCAGACAAGGACUCGUGGCUCUACCACCUCACUGUGGUCAGUGGAGGUGGAGGCACUCAAGGCACCCACUUCGAAAGGCUCGUGCAGAAGCUGAUGGAGACCGAUGGGGAUCCCAACUGCGUGUUAUGGCGACAUCCGACCCUACUCUACUCGAAAGAAAACAUCACUUCGCCAUUGACUACCCUCAAUUCAGAAGCAUUACAGGCUGAAGCACUCAAAUUGUUUAAGUGCGUCCAACUGUUCAUGUCUGUGGCCGUGGAGCAGGCGGGCAUCGACUACCACGUGGUGCUGGCCCAGAAUGCCCUCCAGCAAUGCCUGGAAGUGGCGGAGCUGCAGGACGAGCUGGUGUCGGCCCUUUGCAAGCAGUCGGCCCCUCACGCCGCGGCCAAACAUGCCGUUCAGGUACCGAGAAAACUCACCACUGCCAAGCUUAAGACACAACUGCUGCUGUGUGCGACCCAAUCGCUGUUCACUUGCGACACGGGCGCGUCGUCCGUCGGCGGGGACAAGGGAGACAUGCCGCAACACCCGGCUGGCUCGCCUAGCUCCGUACAGGCGCCAUUAUUAUCUGUGGACUGCAAAAGUAACCCCCCAACGUACAGUUUCAUACAAGGCUGGCAGCUUUUAGCGUUAGCCGUUAGUCUCUUCGUACCGAGGAAUAAUAGGCUGUUGUGGUACCUUAAGCUGCAUCUCAGCAGACAUUCGGAUUCCAAAACGGAAUGCGGCAAAUACGCUGCGUACUGCGCCCGCGCACUCGAACGUACGAUACGCGUGGGCGGACGUACUGACAAGCCGUCUCGUAUGGAAGUGCUCUCCAUAUUACUGAAAAACCCCUACCAUCACAGUUUGCCACACGCCAUACCCGUACACAUGCUCAAUAAUACCUAUCAGGUGAUAAGCUUCGACGGUUCCACAACGGUAGAAGAGUUCCUAUCGACCCUUAGCACUGAGCUGGGGUGUCGCGAGUCUUCCGCUUCUGGGUUUGCCCUUUUCAGCGAUGACCCCAUCGAGAAAGAUUUGGAACAUCACAUCAAGCCUGACAAAAAGCUCUGCGACGUAAUAUCUCGAUGGGAAACGGCGCUAAGAGAAAAGGGCUCCGGGAAAUUCGAAAACUCUCGAGUGAUUCGUUUGACGUUCAGAAAUCGGCUUUACUUCAAGAGUUCCGUUCGGACGGAGACCGAUAAGGAAAGACUGCUUCUGUGCUAUCAGGUUAAUCAGCAAGUGGUAGCAGGCAGAUUCCCCGUAACUAGAGAACUGGCGGCGGAACUCGGUGCCCUAAUGGCCCAGUUGGACAUGGGGGACUACAGCGCGUCCAAUACUCAACACAAUCAGCCGCUUGCGCAUCGAUUCUACCCUUACAGAUAUAGGGCGGGGCUGACUAAUGACGAGUUAAGGGACGUUGAAGAAAAGCUUCGCUCAAAGUGGGUAGCCCUCAAAGGGCGUAGUACGGCGGACUGUGUACGGAUUUACCUCAACUGUACGAGAAAGUGGCCUUUCUUCGGAGCCACGCUGUUUCAAGCCAGGAUAAAACAGCCGGACCUCUCGAUGGCGUGGCUCGCAGUGUCCGAGGAUGGGGUGACCGUCCUAGAACUGGCCUCCAUGUCCGUUAUAGGCAGAUACGCCCUCAACUCUAUAGGCCUCUUUGGUGGAUUACAGGACGACCUGAUGAUGCUGAUAGACGCUGAGGAUUCUACUAGUCCCGUUCACAAGAUGUUGAUUAGCCUCAAUAAACCUAGAAUGGUAGAGCUGACCCAUCUAAUAGCGGACUACAAGAACACGCACCGACCCACAGGAACCGGGACGCCCCAAAUGAACUCCCUCACCAGAAACGGAAGCCACCGCUCCAUACGUAAGCCAUCCACGUUGCCACACGUCCAUCACACCCUCAACUCCAACACCACCAUGACCCUGGGGUCGGAGAGGAAUGCCACGUUGACCCUAUCAUCACACACGUCGACCUUCAAUCACCUGGAGAGGGCGGUGUCGCACGGACAACCAGAUAUUUUGAAAUCCACCCCCGAUCACAAGAAACGUGCGCACACGCAGGAUGGGAUUGCGUGAUUUUAAGCUCGGACGGAUGUUCCGUAAUUUUGUAUAAAAAGGGUCAUUUAUCUGUCUGAAUGUCUGUUUGCGUUGAUAUAUGUCACGGAACAACGUAUUGGAUUAAAAAUAACAUACAAACACGGUAUGACAUAAAUUGUCAACGCAUAAUGACAUAGUACACGAAUAAAAACUGAUUAUGACGUUAGUGACAAAUGUCAUUUGUCAAAACCUAGAUAGGAAACGAGAAUGACAUUUCUAAGUUCGACAUCUUGACAAUUACUACUUUUUUUCUUGCCAAAUACGCAAAAGCUACGCGAUUAUUAUUAUGGCAAUUUUUUUUAAUAUUUUGACUUGGUUUUAUUUGAACUCGACAAACGCCUACAAAAUUUC